AUGAAGACCUUAACACUUUUCCUCUUAGCUUUCUUGCUCACCGCAGCCUCUCUCUCCUUUGCCACCCGACCCGAACCAACCGGGUCCUCCCAAAACCAGCCAAAGGCCUCCAAAGACAAAGGCCAAAGCAGCAACGGAGGCGGCGGCAGCAACAAAGGUGGUGGAAAUGAUGGUGGUGGGAUGGGUGGGUUCUUCGGGCCAGGUGGCGGGUUUGACAUACCCGGAUUGGGAAAUGGAAACGGGUGGGGUAACGGAAUUGGUGGCGGGUAUGGAGGUGGAUAUGGGGGUCCGAGUGGAGGGUACUCCAAAGGUGGUGUGGUAAGGCCUACUGUGGUGUGUAAAGAAAAGGGUCCAUGUUACAAGAAGAAGCUGACGUGUCCGGCCAAGUGCUUCACUUCUUAUAGCCGUUCCGGGAAGGGCUACGGCGGCGGCGGCGGCGGUGGUGGUUGCACCAUUGACUGCAAGAAGAAAUGUGUUGCUUACUGUUGA